UCGGGGCGGCCCUGAGGAGCGCCAAGAUGGCGGCCGCGCGGUGGCUCGGGGCGGCUGCGGGGCUGGGCGGCCGGUUCUGCCGUACGAUGUUAAAAGAUCAUAAUUUGACAACUCAACAGUCUUUCCAUCAACUUGUGCCAAAGAAAUCAUUUCUUCCAUCUGCAGUAUGGCAUAAUGCAGUAAGAUGUAUGUUUAUUCAAACUCAGGACACACCAAAUCCAAAUAGCUUGAAGUUUAUUCCAGGGAAGGAGGUGCUGGAGUCGAGGACUAUGGAGUUUUCCACACCAGCUGCAGCAUUCUGCUCACCUUUAGCAAGACAGUUAUUCAAAAUUGAAGGAGUUAAAAGUGUUUUCUUCGGACCAGACUUCAUCACCAUCACUAAGGAGAGUGAAGACCUGGAUUGGAACUUACUGAAACCAGAUAUUUAUGCAACUAUAAUGGAUUUCUUUGCCUCUGGUUUACCUGUGGUUACUGAUGAGGCACCCAGGACAGAUACAGCUGCAUCAGAAGAAGAUGAUGAAGUUGUACUGAUGAUUAAAGAACUGCUGGAUACAAGAAUAAGGCCGACAGUGCAAGAAGAUGGUGGUGAUGUUAUUUAUAAAGGCUUUGAGGAUGGGAUUGUGCAGCUGAAGUUGCAGGGUUCGUGCACCAGCUGUCCCAGCUCCAUCAUCACCCUGAAGAACGGGAUACAGAACAUGCUCCAGUUCUACAUCCCUGAAGUGGAAGGCGUGGAACAGGUUGUUGACGAUGAUGAUGACGUGGAGAAAGAAGCAAAUUCUACUUGAACUUGCAUCAUUUAUGGCUGAAUACGUAUUUACCUCCUGGUGUAUGUAAACUAUCUUUGUGCUGAGGAACAACCAAAUUUGCCUUUCUGUUCAGGAAAAUAGUUGCACUUACAGCUGUGAAAAUGUAUCAUCAGCUUAAGCAGUUUGUUCACUAAUUUAUUAAAUGCCCUACAUUUAAAAAAAAGAAUUCUUCUGUUCUACUUUGUACUAUGUCUUAAGAAAGAAACGGUGGGCAUUAAAAGUGGUGAUGAGUCUCUCUGUUGUUCUUUCAUACAAAAAAUUCAAGACUGAAAAAGAAGGCAGAAGUAAAAUUUCUUGACUCGUUUUUUGUGCAAUAGAAUUAUUAAAUGUUUAUUCCCCCAAACCUCCUUAUGGGGCUUGCAGGGCUAUCUGCCCUUGCUCUGUAAUUGGGAAAUUCAGGAAUGUUAAUUUUAUCAAGUCUUGUUAAAAAGCUUUUGAUUCAUAUCAGGUUUUUGUGUUUGAAAAAUAACCCAUAACUUCAGCUCUUCAUUUUAGAGAAUGUAAUGUUGCCAUCACUUGUGGAAGGCUACCUACCUGCUCACUACCACUGUGCAAACAAUAGCAACAGAAAGGAAAAAUGGGAGUUGUUUGUUAUAAAAAUCCUAUCUUCUAAAAUAAAUGUUAGAAGAUGAUGAUCCUUAUCAGCUGUAGUAAACAGGGAGACUAAUUAGCUUAUUUGGAAGUUAAAUGUACAGCCACCAUUAGUGGUCUGUUUAAACUUGCAAAAGAUUCAUCUUGAUGUUGGAGUAUUAUGUUGAGCAUUAAUGUGCAGUGCUUCAGGGCACAAAUUACAUUUGUAGGCUCGCAAAGAGAACGAAUGUGUUUACCUGUGCCAUAUCCUGUUUGCUCCUUCUGCGGUGCCAGAGAGCACAGCCCGUGUGUAACUUGGCUGCCCUGGCUGAGCCAGGGAAGACGUGGCAGAACGGAACCAGUUCCUGUUUUAGGGACUAUGGGAAGAGAAAUGUUUAUUGUCCUGAAGCUGAAAUACGUAAAUCAGGCUUUGCAAGUGCUUCUGUUUACUUAGGACAGUCUCUUUCUGGUGCCUGGCUUCAGCUGGCUCUGCUGGUGGAAGUACCAUUUCAGUUUUGUGCUGCCACAAUUGGGCUGAGUUUGGGGUUGUUCUUUGGCUGAUGGUCACAGUCACAUUCCCUGUGUGCAGGGAUUUGAUAGCCCUGGGGUACGUUCCCCUUUUUCACUCCUUGCCAGUGUAAUUCCACCGAGUCCCUAAACAGGAUCAGUUAACUCAGUGGAGAAUCUUUUAUAUAGCACGCAGAUCAGCGUGUGGUAGCCAUAAAUGUCUUAUUACUUGUUAGAAAUUUGAAAAUAAAUAUUUCAGUAAAAUAUUUCUUCAGAUUUUGUAGAGAGUAAUAAGCUAGAGUCAUUUAAACUACCCUCUCAGGAUUUGAAAGUUGGUUUGAAAUGACCGUAUUUUCUUUACCCUGUUCCAAAGUACACGGUGCCUGAUCUUACAAGUGACAAAAUUCCCCUUGAGGUUGGCCCAGACUAUCCAAAAGAGAGAUUGUGCAAGUGUUACCACCAUGUUCUUCUUUGUCAGCAAACCAUAGAAUGCCAAGUAAUGUUUCUGGUUUCUCAAAAAUAGUCUUUUUUGGGCCCAAUUUGUCAAUUUAAUGCACUAUAUAAGCCAAAACCUAAACAGUAAAGUAGCAGUUUUGUGUGUUAAAGAAAA